CCGAUCUCGCCCAAGAAAAAUCUCCGACCCGAUCGUAGCCAAGGCUCCUUCGUCCUCCUUUCAAGAUGCAGAUCUUUGUGAAGACCCUCACCGGCAAGACCAUCACCCUUGAGGUGGAGUCCUCUGACACUAUCGACAACGUCAAGGCGAAGAUCCAGGACAAGGAGGGCAUCCCUCCGGACCAGCAGCGCCUCAUCUUCGCUGGCAAGCAGCUCGAGGACGGCCGCACCCUCGCUGACUACAACAUCCAGAAGGAGUCCACUCUCCACCUGGUGCUGAGGCUCCGUGGUGGCAUGCAGAUCUUCGUCAAGACCCUCACUGGCAAGACCAUCACCCUGGAGGUGGAGUCGUCAGACACCAUCGACAAUGUGAAGGCGAAGAUCCAGGACAAGGAGGGCAUCCCCCCGGACCAGCAGCGUCUGAUCUUCGCUGGAAAGCAGCUGGAGGAUGGCCGCACCCUGGCGGAUUACAACAUCCAGAAGGAGUCCACCCUCCACCUGGUUCUCCGCCUGCGUGGUGGCAUGCAGAUCUUCGUGAAGACCCUCACUGGCAAGACUAUCACCCUUGAGGUCGAGUCCUCGGACACCAUCGACAAUGUCAAGGCGAAGAUCCAGGACAAGGAGGGCAUCCCCCCGGACCAGCAGCGUCUGAUCUUCGCUGGAAAGCAGCUGGAGGAUGGCCGUACCCUGGCGGAUUACAACAUCCAGAAGGAGUCCACCCUCCACCUGGUUCUCCGCCUGCGUGGUGGCAUGCAGAUCUUCGUAAAGACCCUCACUGGCAAGACUAUCACCCUUGAGGUCGAGUCCUCAGACACCAUCGACAAUGUCAAGGCCAAGAUCCAGGACAAGGAGGGCAUCCCUCCGGACCAGCAGCGCCUCAUCUUUGCUGGUAAGCAGCUUGAGGAUGGCCGCACCCUGGCGGACUACAACAUCCAGAAGGAGUCGACCCUCCACCUUGUCCUCCGCCUUCGUGGUGGCAUGCAGAUCUUCGUCAAGACCCUCACUGGCAAGACCAUCACACUGGAGGUGGAGUCUUCCGACACCAUUGACAAUGUGAAGGCGAAGAUCCAGGACAAGGAGGGCAUACCCCCGGACCAGCAGCGCCUCAUCUUCGCUGGUAAGCAGCUGGAGGAUGGCCGCACCCUGGCGGACUACAACAUCCAGAAGGAGUCCACCCUUCACCUGGUGCUCCGCCUCCGCGGUGGCCAGUAAGUGCCUAACCAUGGAGCUGUUUCUGUAUCUGGGUUUCACAAGUCUGGUACCUUCGGUGUGCUCCAGUGGAGCCUUUAUGUUGUCUGGUCGUGUGUUGCUGUCAUAUUGUGGUCUACUAGUGUUAUGGUA